AUGCAUGGCAUUACCGUCCCCAUGCACACCGGCUCUAACUACCUCUAUUCAACUACCCGUGCCCUCAAGUACCUCAGUCCCAGUUCUCCGAGGACGACCACUCAGAUCCAGUAUCGCCUGUUUCCACUCCCAACUGGCUACCUUGACGUACAUCGGAACAUUAGACGCUACUCAAACAUCCGACCACCUCCCUUCUACUCUACGCCUCAAGUCCUGCAUUGCAUCUCUGCGCUGCAGCCGAACCCAACAACUCUCACAUCGACUUAUGGGCUGGUGUCAAACCGGUCCUUCCUCCUCAUCGUGGAUAUCAAUUUACUCAUCGAGCCGCGGGGCUCUGAAUCCCCAGCGAGCAAGAAGAGUUCCACCUCGGUAGGGUCUGCAUCCACUGGUGGAGCGAGAACAUACGCACCCAUCACAGCCCCUCCACCAUACAGUCACCCUCCGGCAUACGCAAACGCUCCGCCUGCUCAUGCUCCACCAUCAGCUUAUGUGACCUCCUCGCCACAGUACGGCGCGACACCAGCCUACUCACCGCAAGGACCCACGUCUGUUGCAUCCAUGCAAGGCGGACCGGUACUUCCUGCUAUCUCGGAGCUGCAUCGACAACAGGAACCAGGACCACCACCGCAACCGCCGCAAUUCCGGCCUCUCUACUCUGGAGCUCCCGUCACCGUCACCUCAGCAGGCUCAAAUGGAUCUCCUCCGUCGCAUAUGCUCAAGAGAGCAACCUCCCAAACGCCACUCCCCGAGGAAAGUCCAGCAAAGAAGCAAUCCAAGUGGACGCCGGAAGAGGAUAACCUUACCAUAGAAUUGCGAGGGCAGGGCAUGAAAUGGGACGACAUCGCGAAGCGCCUCCCCGGAAGAAGCUCUAUUUCCUGCCGUUUACGCUACCAGAACUACCUAGAAAAACGUGCGGUGUGGGACGAGGAGAAGAAGAACAAGCUGGCACGACUCUACGCUCGAUUCAAGGACCAAAUGUGGCAGAAGGUUGCUACAGAAAUGGGCAUACCGUGGCGGUCUGCAGAGUCAAUGCACUGGCAGCUGGGAGAGCAAGAGAUGAGCGCACGCGCGAACGCACCCGUCUUCCAACUGCAUCCUUCGGCCACGAACACGGGCCUCAACUCACCCCCUACCGCGUCCGUACCCAUUUCGAUUCCUGGACAGCCACCGCCUCCAUCCGUUAUCCAAAACCAAAUGCCGCCUUCGCAUGGCUUCACGGCUACAAACGCACCCCAGCCGAUGCAAUACGCUCAGCCACCACCGCCGCAGCCUCCGCAACAGCAGCACCAAUACCAGCAACCACCCCCGCUACAGCAAGCAGCCACAAAUCCAUCCCACCGCCGCUCCGACAGCAACUCCAGCCAAGGUUUCAGCCGAAGACGCGCCAGAAACAGUGUACCUCCUCAACUCGGACCGGCUAUCCCACCUUUCCAUCCCCAAUCCGAGGCUGAUCUUGUCAGCGGAGCCAGAACCGCGCCGGCGCCCGACACCACCACGAGGGAAGACGAAGGACAGUUGGGCGAGCCGUUCGGCAAGAGAAAACGCGAUGACGACGGUGUACAAGGCCUACGAGCUGACGGCGAUGCGCGGAGUCAAGGUGGAAGGAGUCCCGACCGAGCCUCUCUGCGGAGCGGUACCGGCAGCGUCAAGAGCUUGAAGCGAAGUGUGGGAGACGCGGACGAGGCAGAUCAGGCACGGCUUGGGCCACCGGCUACUGCAGCCUGA